GGCCGCAUCCGGCCCGCGGGCCGUAGUUUGCCCACGGCUGUGUGUGAUUUCCAGGAGGCUGGCUGAACAGCGAACGAGAUUGGAGUGAGAAAUGACAGGCUGUUAGCAGUGGAAAGUCACUAUUUGUCAGUUGACAAGAAACUGGACAAUGGCUUAUUUCAAGAAUAUGGUUGUUAUCAAUGUCACCGCUUUGCCAAUGGUGCCAGUGGAGGAGGGCCGGCCACCGAGUGGGAAGCAGAAUGCCGCAAGGAAGACUCUGGAAGGCCAUGUACCCUCGUGUCUUGUAGGCUCCAUCCACCAGGUGAACGAAAGGAUUGCUGAAGUGAGCCUGACUCCCAAGCCGAUGGACAACAUCCUGGCAAUUGAGAGAUUUGAGAUGGAGAAGAAGGCUUUAAAAGAGAAAAGCCACCGCAGCUCGGAAGACAGAGCCUAG